UACGCGUGUCGGGAAGAAGAAAAGGCGCGGCCCUGAUGCAGCCACAAAAUUACCUGCCGUUUUCCCCACUACACGCUGUCGAUUGAAACUUCUCAAAAUGGAACGGAUCAAGGAUUACCUACUGCUUGAGGAAGAGUUCAUACAGAACCAGGAGCGGCUUCGCCCUCAAGCUCAUGACGAGAAGGAUGAGGAGGAACGAACACGCGUGGAGGAUCUCCGUGGUAGUCCCAUGAGUGUCGGAACUCUCGAGGAGAUCAUUGACGAUGACCAUGCAAUUGUCAGCACCCCGUCUGGACCUGAACACUACAUUCCCAUUAUGAGCUUCGUGGACAAAGAUUUGCUGGAACCUGGGUGCUCGGUCUUAUUACACCAUAAGAGCUCGGCAAUUGUUGGUGUCCUUCAGGACGACGCUGACCCUAUGGUGUCCGUUAUGAAGCUUGACAAGGCCCCCACCGAAAGCUAUGCUGAUAUCGGUGGUCUUGAUCAACAAAUACAAGAAAUUAAAGAAUCUGUUGAACUCCCUCUAACCCACCCCGAGCUUUACGAAGAGAUGGGGAUACGACCUCCGAAAGGAGUCAUCCUUUAUGGCGUUCCCGGAACUGGGAAAACUCUUCUGGCAAAAGCCGUCGCCAAUCAAACCUCCGCCACUUUCCUCCGAAUCGUUGGUUCCGAACUUAUCCAGAAGUACCUUGGUGAUGGUCCGAAGCUCGUCCGAGAACUAUUUCGUGUUGCUGAAGAGCACGCUCCCAGCAUCAUUUUCAUUGAUGAAAUUGACGCUAUAGGGACAAAACGGUACGACUCGACAAGUGGUGGCGAGCGCGAAAUCCAGAGGACUAUGUUAGAACUUCUCAACCAACUAGAUGGCUUUGAUACUCGUGGUGACGUCAAAGUCAUAAUGGCCACAAACAAAAUCGAGACCCUCGAUCCUGCUCUGAUCAGACCAGGUCGUAUCGACCGCAAGAUUGAAUUCCCCCUCCCAGACAUCAAGACCAAGAGACACAUCUUCCGAUUACAUACGAGCCGAAUGAGUCUAGCUGAGGAUGUUGACUUGGAAGAGUUUGUGAUGGCAAAGGAUGACUUGAGUGGUGCGGACAUUAAGGCGGUAUGCACCGAGGCUGGCCUCCUGGCGCUGCGAGAACGUCGAAUGAGGGUGACAAAGAAGGACUUUACCGCUGCCCGAGAGAAGGUUUUAUAUAGGAAGAAUGAGGGUACACCGGAAGGCCUUUACCUUUGAUCCUCCAUUUCGUGUACGAUAACCGCUGGCAUGUUGAUAAUAAUACAGCAUUUUACAAAAAAAAUCA